CACAGCUCCUCUGCCACACCUACACUGGACUCGGCUGCGGUGUCGUCUCCCAGCAGUGUCAGCGACUCCAGCUCCGGCUCCGGCACCAGCGCCGGCGCCAAGGCGGGAAUUGCCCUGGGUGUGCUCGGUGGUGUGCUCGUUGUUGGACUGCUCAUCUUCUUCCUCGUCAGCCGCCGUAGAAAGCAGGCCGAGCGCGAAGAGCUUUCAGGUGACGACGAAAAGGCCCAAGUGACGCCUCCUCCUGCUGCUGUUGCCCCCGUUGCCCCUGUUGCUGCCGUUACCCCUGUUGCUGCCGUCCAGCAUCAGCCGACCCCGGUGCCUCAGCCGCAGCCCGUUGCCCGCGCACUCACACCCCAGAUCUCGCCAGCACCGUCACCCGAACCUGUCGAAGAGGAAGAGGUGGUCCGCACGAACCCGGUUGCGCCGCGCAUCAGCCUCCGACCCGCUUCCCAAUUUGGCUGGGACCUCGAGAAGCAGGCCGCCAAGGGAGCCGAGGCUGCCGCCGUUGGCGUUGCUGUUACCAGCUAUGCCGCGGAUCGCCCCGAUACCAGCCAGAGCAACAACCCAGCGAAUCCCUUCGGCCAGCAAGCCGAGCGUGUUCCCUCUCCCGUCCAGGAUCCGCCCGCCGCUCGUCCCACGUACAAGCCCUACUCGCCCACCGUCGCGUCCGUGAGCGACAAGGCGCCAAGCCCCGAGGUGUCCAAUGCUGAAGAGACUGCCGUGGCUGCUGCCGCCGUGGCGACCACGGCCGCGGUCGUUGCUGCUGGAGCCGCGACGCUGACUCGCAAGACGUCGAUCCGGAACCAGAGCUCCAAGGCACCUGUGGACCUGACCGUGGCCACCAACCUCGACACAGUCCCCCCCAGCCCCGUGGGUACCGACUACAGCGCCUCGUCAGCCUCUCCCGUCGCCGGUGCCGCGCCUUCGCCUGGUGCCGCCGCCAUUGCCGCGGCAGGCGGUCCUGCCAACUCGACUGUCCACCGCGUGCAACUGGAUUUCAAGCCCAACCUCGAGGACGAAAUGGAGCUCAAGGCCGGCGACCUGGUGCGCCUCCUCCACGAAUACGACGAUGGCUGGGCGCUUGUCAUCCGUCUGGAUAGGUCCCGACAGGGUGUUGUCCCUCGCACGUGUCUGUCUACCCGACCAGUGAAGCCUCGCCCGCCCCAGGGACGUCCCCCUGUCCCGGCAGCCGGCGGUCCUCCUCGCGGCAACAACUCUCCUCCUGGCCAGCGACCAAUGACUCCCCAGGGCCAGCGACCAAUGACUCCCCAGGGCCAGC